AUGAGAAAAUUACAAAAGAAGUUGAAGCCUGAAUGGGAGAUUGACUACUUGAAUGAGCUCUCGGAUAAACCGGAUUCGGGAGUUGGAGAGGUUUUUAAAGUACUUAGAUCGAGAACAGACAAUUAUGGAAGCCUUCAGGAGAUGAGGUUCCUACAGACUGUAGACGAGUCACUUAGAACGGCUGACAUAACAUCCAAACUUGGUAAUUUACAGCGCUAUCAGGACGUUAUCAAGAAUUCUCGGCUAUGCCUACUGCCAUUGGCUGAGUAUCUUGACAGAUUUGGCAGUGAACUUAACAAGUUAUCGCAAGAGAUGGAGUUUUUACAGAAACGGUCGAACUCAUUGAACUCGGAUAUUGAAGACAAGAAAUUGCUUGAUGCGAAACUCACACCAUUAAUCAAUGAUUUGGUGAUUCCUCCAGAGGUGAUACACAGCGUCAUUGAUUCACCAAUGGAUGAGCAAUGGGUGGAGAACUUGCAGUUCAUCCAGGAAAAAAGAGAAAUCUAUGAGCAGUAUAACGAUUCGAGGGCAUCGAUGCACGAUUUAUCACGACUUUUGGACUUGUUGGAGUUGAAAUGCAUAGAAAGAAUUCGGAACUAUUUGAUUCUCCAGAUUAAGAAACUUCGUAAGCCUGCUGUUGCAUCUCAAGUGAUCCAGAAGCAGUUGCUUGAAGUGAAAGAAGUGUUUCCAUUUCUGUUUAAGAGGAAUAAACAACUUGCUACGGAGCUAAGGCAGGCAUAUUGCUACACGAUUCGUUGGUAUUACUAUCAGAAUUUUGUAAAGUAUCUGUAUUCGCUUGAGAAGUUGAAGAUAAAUACUGUGGACAAGAACGUACUUCUUGGGUCUUUGGAUGAGAACGCCUCAAAUUCUGGUGCAACAGCAUCAUUUUUCUCCCGUAGUUCCAAGGGAGCUUUACCGGAGAUUUCAAUUAACGAAUAUCUCAUCAACAUUCCUCGCCGAUUCGAGUUCUUUAUCAAGGGGGACCAAACAGCAAUGCCGGCGCAAAUUGCAGAGACAAAUAACACCAAAUACUGGAUGGAAUCUGGUUUCAAGAACUUUAAUCAGGCAUUAAUUGACAACGUAUCAACCGAAUAUCUUUUUUUGAACGAGUUCUUCGAGGUUUCUUCGCUUGAAGAAGCCACGGAAUUCACAAAACUGAUUUUCACGCCUGUUUAUCAGCUCGGUUACAACUAUACCAAGUACCUACUACGAGAUUCAUACGAUUAUUUUGGUAUUUUAAUCCUGGUUAGAAUGUGUCAAGCACUAGAGUAUGAGGCACAGCAUCGCAGAGUACCCGUCUUAGAAGAUUAUUUAAACUACCAACUGAUAGUUCUUUGGCCUACGUUUCAGCACUUGAUUGACGAGAAUUGUUCUUCGAUUAAAAAGGCAGCUUCAUCCAGUUUGUUGAUUAAAACAAUGUCUAAAAAUGCCAUGGUUCCACUUACCUUGACGCAGAACUUUGGAAUGGUUCUUACCAACUUAAUUCGGUUGUCCAGCAAUCUCAUGUUUGAAAUCGAAACAUGGGAGCCGUUGACAAACUCGGUGAUAAGGCUAAGCAGCGAAUUCGAGAGCUGCCUGAUUAAACUGAGUGGAAAUCUUCAGGGAGACAAGAAGAAAGAGCUUUUUCUCUACAACAACUUCUUUCUCAUUCUUACGAUUCUUAGUAACGAGUUAGAGGAGGAGGAGAAUAUGUCGGAGGAGCAGAGUUCAUCGAAGCAACGUUUAUCGAGGCAGAGUCUAUCGAAGCAAAGUUUGUUGGAGCAGAAAUCUCCAUCUUCAAAAGGAGCUAAUGAAGGGCCCAUUUCGGAAGAGUUGAAGGUUAGGAAGACCCUUGCUCAGACACAAAAAGAUCAUUUCUUGAAAUUGGUGGAAGCUUACGGAAGGUGA